ACCGGAAGUCGCUGUGGUGCUCGGGAGAGCCGGAUUGGCCCUUGAGGAGCCCGCCGGCCGGAGCUAGGUGGUCCGCCUCAGCUUGGGUCCCCCCUGUUGGUAGGGGGCGCGUCUCCUGUGCCGGGGGGGAAUUGGAGCCGCCGCCAUGGGGAAGCGGCAGCACCAGAAGGAUAAGAUGUACAUAACAUGUGCAGAAUACACACACUUUUAUGGAGGAAAGAAAUCAGAUAUUCCACAAGCGAAUUUUAGACGUUUAUCUUUUGAUCACUGCAGUUUAUCUCUGCAACCAUUCGAAUAUCCAGUUUGCACACCAGAUGGAACAGUCUUUGAUUUGCUGAGUAUUGUUCCUUGGAUAAAGAAGUAUGGGACCAAUCCAAUCACAGGGGAGGAGGUACAGUGUGGAUGCCAGUGUCCGAGAAACAAAUCUGUGUUGACCUUUCUGACUUCCUCUUUCAUUGUCCAUGAGCUGCUCGAAAGGAAACUAGAUGCCAAAUCUCUUGUGAAGCUAAACUUCGCUAAAAACAAUGAAGGUAAAUACCACUGUCCAGUGCUUUUCACUGUCUUCACCAAUAACUCUCAUAUAGUGGCUAUCAAGACGACUGGAAAUGUAUUUGCUUAUGAGGCAGUUGAGCAGCUGAACAUAAAAACAAAAAGCUACAAGGAUCUCCUGACAGAUGAACCCUUUACUCGGCAGGACAUCCUGACACUGCAGGAUCCAACCAAUCUGGACAAAUUUAAUGUCUCCAACUUCUUCCAUGUUAAAAACAAUUUAAAGGUGACAGACCCAGAUGAAGAGAAAGCAAAGUUGGAUCCAUCUUACUAUCUGAAAAAUACAAAUUUAGAGACCCGAGAGACUUUACUGGAGCUGUAUAAAGAAUUCAAAGGAGAUGAUAUUCUAGCAGCUACAAUGAAGGCCCCAGAAAAGAGAAAAGUGGAUAAGCUGAAUGCAGCUCACUAUUCUACAGGGACAGUAAGUGCUUCCUUCACGUCCACUGCCAUGGCCCCAGAAACAACACAUGAAGCAGCUGCCAUUGAGGAGGACGUUGUGCGAUACCAGUAUGUGAAGAAAAAAGGUUAUGUACAACUGCACACUAAUAAAGGAGACCUGAACUUGGAGUUGCACUGUGAUAUGACACCCAGAGCAUGUGAAAACUUCAUCAAGCUAUGCAAGAAGAACUAUUAUGAUGGAACUAUUUUUCACAGAUCAAUUCGUAAUUUUGUGAUUCAAGGAGGUGAUCCUACUGGAACAGGAAUGGGAGGAGAGUCCUAUUGGGGAAAACCUUUUAAAGAUGAGUUCAAGCCAAAUCUGUCCCACACUGGACGUGGUAUUCUUAGCAUGGCCAAUUCAGGACCCAACAGCAACAAAUCACAAUUCUUUAUCACUUUUCGCUCCUGCACAUACCUGGACAAGAAGCACACAAUUUUUGGAAGAGUGGUUGGUGGGUUUGAGGCUCUGACAGCUAUGGAGAAUGUGGACAGCGAUCCAAAAACAGAUCGUCCCAAGGAGGAAAUACGAAUCAAAUCAAUAACUGUUUUUGUUGAUCCGUAUGAAGAGGCAGAUGCUCAGAUCUCUGCAGAGAGAGAAAAGGCCCGACAAGAGGAGGAAGCAUCCAAAACCAAGACUAAGGCUGUCCUGCCAAAGAGAGAGAGCCAGGCUCCCAAAACUUACCGGCCGGGCAUUGGGAAGUAUAUUAAUAUGGCUGCAGCAAAACGAACAGCAGAUGAUGAGGGGCCUUCAACCAGUGCAGCUGUGAAGAAAGAGAAAAGGAGCACAGGCUUUGGGGACUUCAGUUCCUGGUAGCAGAGUGGAGAGCCUGUCACUGGAGCAGAACAGCAAAAAAGAGCCUUCCAUCAACCCCAAGGGGUCUGAAAGACAGGCUGUCCUGGGGAGGGAAAGCACUGGCCCACCCUUCUAGUAGGGAAGAAAAUCACUGCUUUGUUAAAGCUCCUUAAUGCAGUUUUGUUCUCUAGAGAGCUACAUUCCUCCAACGGCAUCUUCCUCGAAGCCCGGGUUAUGGUGGAUUUUACAGCCGUGGAGUGGGCACCCCCCGUACUCUUUCAGACUGCUGAUUAUCUAGGGCCUCUUUGUCUACUUCGCUGCUUGGCAGAUUAAGCAGAAUCAUCUCCUGUCGGUACAGGAGCUCAGGGAACAGGUGUGGUGGUGAGCGAGCUCCUUUUUCAGGAAGUCGCUUCCAGAUGAGACGGGUCCCUGCCAGCUGAGUGAAUUGGUGGAAAUCAGUGAUGUGGCUUUAGUCUUCUCUUCCCCCCCCCCCCCCAGCUCUUUGCUGGAACCCCAGAGUGCCACUUAUUGUCCUCUCGCCACCUCCGUUCCCUUUUGAGCCCCUGUGCAGCCACCCUUAUUCCGCCCAAGGACUGCCUCUGGACCCUAUCCCUACUGCUCGUUAAUGGGCUGAGAGGUUGCUGGCAAUCAACAUAAAUCCAUGGGCCUGAACAAGCUGUGUCUGCAGCCAGCCAAACCCUGCCACAGCCUGGGAAGCAGCUGUUCAGGACUGGCAGACUGGCAGCCUGAUCCAGAGCCUCCACUUGGCACUGCAGAGCAGUUAAGCCACCAUGUUGGCCCAUUUAUUGCUCUGUUUUGGUAGCCACUGAAACACCUGUGUCCCCUUCUGGCCCUUAGGCAGCGUGGCACUGAUGGGACCAGUUCAGAAGCCUGUCCUUAUCACCAGUGCUGAUGGGUAGCCCCCAGUUGGGGCAAGUGACUAGCAGGAAGCAGCAUUUGUAGAUGUAGUUUUUAAACCUGUCCUUGUCAUCGCAGAGUAACAGGACUGAGUUCUGCUCUCCUAGGAGAGAGAGAGCCCUGCUUUCAACAGUCCCAGAAAUCACAUCCGAUACCUCCUGUUUACAGUGUCCAACUAGAGACCCCUCAUUAGGAUAAUGUGAUAGCAGAGGGCAUGCACACCCUGCACCUGUUCACCUCAGCUGCUUAAAUCCCUUCCAGAAUCAGCCCCGCAUGUAUUACCCAGAGUAGCCGGGCACACACAAAUUAAGAUGUUUCCAAACUAAAGAUUUUAGGAAGAAGAGAUUUGUAUCAGCCCAUCGCAUUUAACCUUCUUAACAUCCUAACAUUCUGCACCCUCUGUUUGUUACCAUCCUCGUUGCUCAGCAAGGUACUGGUCCUACAGAACAGUUCUUUUCCACUGCUCCUUCGACAUUUUGAAUCAGCAGGAAUCCCCUCCUUACUCCAUUUCAGGAGCUGAGUCAUGCUUUUGCAAUCAGAUUUGUAAAUAAUGCAUUUCUAGUAACAGUGUCUUGUUUUGAAAGAACUCUGCAUUUAUACAGAAUUCCAGCUAGGAACUUUUGGUGAAAUAUUUUCAUUAAAAGCUUUUAUUUCCUUUUGAA